AUGAAUGCCGUAUCUCUGUUUUAGCUGUCCUUGUCUGUUCAGUUAGGUCGUGGAGUCAACCCCAGAAUAUGUUAGCUCUGGGAGACAUCUCCCCAUGACUCAUUCUGAUGCGCUUCAGCACCGUGGACAGCGCCGGCACUGAGCUCUGCAGCUCACACCUCUGAGCCCCGCCCAACCCAACUAACACAAAACAAUAUCGUCUCAAUCAACCAGGCUCUUAACUGAGACUAUAUGUAUGUGUGUGUGCGUGUGCGUGUCUGUGUCGGGGUGGAGGGGAAGGAGGUCUAUUCGUGGUCAUUUACAAGAAUUGAGAGCGAGAGUAAACCGCAGUGGGAGGGGCCACGGAGUUGCCGCAUUUUUCUGAAUGAAAUUACUCCCUGCACACCCCCUCCCUCCACUCUCCGCGCGUCCUCGACGUCGGUAGCUCAUUGGUCGACCCUACCAGUGGAUGACGUCAGACAGGCUCUCUUGUGGAUGAGUCCGCGCGCAAGAGCACCCAUUCUGCCUUCCAUGAGCGCUUCGGAGGGACUGAAGAAAAGGAGAUGCAAGAGACGCUCACGAAGUGAGAAUUUGGGGUAACUUAGAUGAAGACAGGAACGCGUGCCGCACAAAAGGACUCUCAUCUUAAUUAGACUGGCACCGAGCAUCACUGCGGACGGCAUCGCCACAUCUCCAUCAUUUGGCUUGGAACUUGUAAGAAGAGAGAGCAAGGGAAUCACGUUUAUAAGGUUGUGUGUGUGACUGCUGAAAAGCCAUGAUCCUGAAUGCCUCUGACCUAGGCUGGGAUGAGUCCUCGGGUGCAGACCCCUUCUCCCCUCUUGACCAACUGGACAGCUCAUCUACUUAUGAAGUCCCGCCCCUCACGGUGUGGGGCGUGGCCCUGUGUGUAUCAGGAACUCUCAUUGCCACAGAAAACGCAGUAGUAGUCACCACCAUCUUGGCAACCCCGUCUCUACGCGCGCCUGUUUUCCUGCUGCUUGCCAGCCUCGGAUUGGCAGAUCUCCUGGCAGGUGUUGCUCUGAUCUUGCACUUCCUCUUCCUGUUCUGUGUCGAGCCCAGUGAUUGGUCGGAAUUGCUGACCUCAGGACUGCUGGUGACGUCACUGACUGCCUCGCUCUGUAGCCUGAUGGGUGUUGCUUUGGACCGCUACCUGUCCUUAAGCCACGCCCUCACCUACGGCUCCAGCCAAUCUCGUCACCGAGCCGCUAUCCUCCUGCUGCUGGUCUGGUUGGGUGCAUGUUUCAUCGGGGCAGGACCUGCAAUGGGAUGGCACUGUCUAGGACAGCCAAACUCCUGUUCCGUAGCGCGACCUCUGACCCGGACAUACCUAUCGUUGCUGUGUGGUGGCUUCCUGGUAGUCGUCAUGGUAACCCUGCAAUUGUACGCUGGGAUCUGCCGAGUGGCCAGGCGGCAUGCCCACGCCAUCGCUACCCAAAGACACUUCCUUCCUACCAACCACUCUUAUGCAAGCAAACACAGCAGUGGAAGGGGCUUCUCGCGGUUGAUUGUGAUUCUCAGUGUGUUUGUGGGGUGCUGGAUGCCUUUCUCCCUCUGGGGGCUGCUGGGAGAUGCAUCCAGCCCUCCUCUGUACACCUACGCCACCUUGGUGCCGGCGGCGGGCAGCUCGCUGCUGAACCCGAUACUCUACAGUCUGAGAAACAAAGACAUUCGUAAGGUGCUUCUCCAGGCCUGCUGCCCGCAUAGAUGCUCACAAAACCCACAAAUACACUACCCUGUUGACGUGUAGACUGCCAAACUCCGCCAGACUCGAACCACCACAUAGAUCUAUGCCAGACAUAUCACUGUUUGUGUGCCAAGAUAAACACACAGCUGCAUUGACUAUCAUCCAGAUCCAGAACAUGAAGUCUCCCACACAUGCAAGAAGCUCUUCUCCGGGAGAUGAAGUCCCUCUGCUAAUCAGAAUGUUCUGCACUGUCCUGGCAAGGAGCCAUUUUGGGACUAAAUGUACUGUCUUGUGUGUACUUUGUGCCUCAUUCUCAGUCAAUUGUAGCUCCACUGGAUCCCCGGACUGAAACAAUCACAGGGAUGCUCUAUACAGCCCCACUCAGAGAAAGUGGAUUCAAUCACCAUUGGCACUUUAUUGAGGAGAGGAAAAGAUGGGGUUUAAAUGUAAUCCAAAGCUCAAUUUUAUUUACUUGAAUGGCAAAACCACAAUGUUCUAGAUUUUUUAGAUUCUAUUUUGCACAUGGUGUUGAAGGCCGUUUGAAGGUACUGACCAUAGGUUCAGUUUGCACAGCCUUUUUGAAAUGAAUGAAUAUUUUAUAUUGAUGAAUAAUAAAUAUGCUUUUUUUCUCUA